AUGCCUGUGGUUGGCGAGCGUCCGUCUCGCCGGGCUUCAGUGGAGGCGCCUCGGCAGCGGCGUGUGUUCAGGCUAAACGACUGGAUGCACCCAACACCAGCAAACACCCUGAGGAACCUGGUGGACAUGUGCAUAAACCCGGACCCCGAGAAGCGGCCGGACAUCACCUACGUGUACGACAUCGCCAAGCACAUGAUGAGCCUCACCCAGGGCUAA